AGAAAAUGAGUUUUGGAACUUGGAGAAGCCCAAAUAAAAACAAUAAUAAGCUGAUUAUGGAGAAUCGAAAAGAUUUAUUUCAUAAUAAACCAAAUGUCAUGAUGAUGCAACCAAAUACUCCUAAUAAUAUGAACAGUAAACCCUUGUUUGGGCAAUCCCCUAUUUUUCAUCGAAAUAACACUAGGAUAGUGUCCGGGAUUAUCCCAAAGUAUCCUCCAUUGCGAGAGGAGUAUAGUGCUCAAGAUUGUGGGAGGAAAUACUCUAACAUUUCGAUUAAUUCUGCUUCGCAGGUAUCCCCUUCACCUUUUGGAAGAGUUAUCCCAGAAAAUCCUUAUGUACACUCUCCCAACAAGAGACGUCCUUAUGCCUAUGCUGAGUUAAAUAAUUCUGGAAAAAGUGAAUCGAAUUUCAGUGGCUUUUCCAAAACUGCAAGCAGCUUCCAGGUUCCCCUCGGAAGCCAGAAGGAAGUAAGCGACUCUGGCAAUGAUGGUUUUUUCAUUUCGUUUAAUGAGAAAUUCAAAAAGAAGAUAAUUAAAAAUCCAGUACCAUAUGAGGAAGGUGAUGAUGAAAUUCCAGAUGAAGAGACGAAUGUUGCAGAAGUAAUAUCAAUUCAUAACAGUAUUAUUCCUCGAGAGUCAAUCACCUGUAACAUUAACAUACCUCUUACUGCUCGGCAUUCAGUCCAGAACCCUUUUGCACAAGUGAGUGAACUCAACUUUGGCCAUAGUAACUCAAGUGGUGUGGAUAGAAGGAAUAUUUUAUUUUCAAGUCAAGCUUCUGCGCUUACUUCUCAACAAAACCCAAUGGAAAUCAACAAAAGUUCCUUCGAAAGCAACUUUGAAUUGCAUAUUACUAACCAGAGAGCCUUACGAAACUGGUCUAAGCUAUAUAUCCUCUGAAUGAGGGAGUACAGGAGGCAUCGUCUUCGUAAAAUUGCUAUAAAUAAAAGUAAAUAUAUGCUUGGAUCUCCCUCCAAGAAAAAGAUCUCCUCUAAAAGUCCUUCUAAAGGAAUGAACCGUAAGAUGAACUUUAACAGAAAUUCCAAAUCGAUAUACAAGCUCUACCCCUGUGUUAGGUUUCUUCAGAGAUUACGAAAGACAAGGAAGAAUCAGAAAAUAAGAAGAGCUGUUGCUCCAAAUCUAAAAUACUUUAAUUCUCCCUUUAUGAAGCUAAAGUAUGGCCUCAGAUCAAUAUGGCUAGCAUGGAAGACUAGGAAGCUUGUGAAUUCACAGAAAUUCCAGAACCUCAAGAGCCAAGUAAAAGAAGUCGAGGAGUUUUAUACCUCUUCGCCUCCUAAUGGAAAACCAAAUAAUCAUAUCCUGAAGGCAAGGGAGAAUUACUCAGUGGCCUUAACCAAUAUGGUUAAUAACCCUAAAUGGUUUCAUUCAGUUAAAGGUGAGAAGGGAAUUCAUCAAAAGAGAGGUAGAGUCAUGAAAAUGAGAGAGAAAAACCAGAGACUCAAAGAGAUGGCAGUCGAUAAGCCAAUAGCUGUUGAUAUAACUCAAUCUAAGGGUGUUAAUCCUGAUGAAAGACCUAUUAAAGGCUCCCAAUCAUAUGGAUUUGCAUCACAGCCUCCAGCAAAUACUUUCCAAGAUCCUGACGAUAGACCUAUUGGAGGGGGAGGAAUGCCACCUGUAGCUCCAAUGGAAGGAGGAACAUCUGGAGGAGUCGAAAUGAUGGUGUUCGACUUUUCCCCACCAAAGCCAAAACCACCGCCAAAGAAGAAGACAUUUUUGAAGAAAAAAUCUGGUCUAAAUAAAAACCCACCAGCACUGAAGUCUACAAUAUAAAAUCUCCUGAGAAAGCGAUCGAAGAUGUCUUAGGGAAGCAAAGCCUUGACACAGAAUCGGUAUCACCUAAGAAGGAAGAAGUAAAAUCUAAAAAGCCAAAGAAAAAAUUUCUCAAAAGAGGACAAGGCCAAAAAUAUGACCCUAUGAAAGCAGCCAAAGAGGCUAAAUUGAAGCAGAAGAAGAAGGAAGAAGCACAAAUGAUUGAGCAACAAAAAGAAUUAGAAAAAUCUAAGCGUGUUGAAAAGUUAAUUAGUGAACCAAUAAGCUUGAUCCAAGAUGAUGAAGAUGAGCUCGUCAACAUCAUGAGUGUCAAUGAAAACACUUCCUUGUGUAGAAGGAAACUUUCUAAUGAAGAAAGUGUCAGACUAACAAAAGUAGGCAAUCUAAGAUUCGAUAAACAUAAAACCAAUAAUCAAAAUCAAGCUAGCGAGAAGAAAUCUCAGACUGAAUCAUCAAAACAAUUUCAGGAUUUGAACUAUCUCAAGAAGAUACCUAAAAGAGUUGACUGAUGGCUAGACAACAAGCCAAAGAAAACGCCUAAUACUCCCAGCAAGAGACAUGACUCUAAAAUUGGAGUAAAGGAGGAAGUAGAUUUCUCAAAGACUGCUAAACUGACUAGAAAAUUACCAUCUCAGAGAUAUAUGGAUUCUCCAGACAAGAAACUCCAGCAAGCACAGAAGAAUAGGAAAGAAUUUAUGAAGCAAAACCCGAUGUCCCCAGCAAAGAAGAAGCAGAAGGCUCGUGGUAAUCCUGAGAAUGCUCCUGAAGGAGCAAACACAAUGAUCGCAUCUCCUAAGCUUGGCAUGAACGAUCAAAGUUAUGACACUUAUGGGUUGGAUAAUGAAGACUCAGUCAGCCAGCACAAUCCAAAUAUUAUCAGUGGGCUUAGCCAAGAAGGUGAGAAAAUUGAGAGUCUUCUUGAGAGACUUGAGGAAAGCAGGAUGCCUGAGAAAGGAUUCACCAUUCAAGAAAGAAAUAUAAUUCUGGAAGAUACCCAGAGUUUAGCCAUGCUUUCUCGUUCUGAUACUUUACACAGGAUAUUCCAGCUAAUGUGCAACGCACAAGAUAACUUCAAGAACUAUGAAGAAUCAUUUAAAGAAAAGAGACGAGAGAAGGUUAUCCAUGACAAGAGGGAUGUUAAAAUGUCUUUUGACUUGGAAUUUGAGAAGCUCCUCCUCAUGCUCAAAGAUGAGUACCACUCCCUUUUUGACAAAAGAAAAUUGAAGAUUAAGAGACAAGAAAUUAAUGAAGAAAAUUACGAUCAAGAUGACUCAGACCAAGAAUCAGAUAGCCCUUCAGAGGAACUCAACCCAAGUGAGAUAAAAAUGGCAAAGAAGUUUUCUAUAAACAUGAAUUCUGGUCUCAUUCGAGAGGAAAACCAAGAAAAAUUUAAUCCAGCCCCUGAACCAGAAGUUGUGGACCCAGAUUCUAAAUCAAAGCUAAAAGUGCGAAGGAGGAGGUAUGCUGCAAAGAAGAGGUAUGCCAAAGCAUAAUUUAUUUUCUUAGAAUCCGUAAAAUAUA